AUGUCCUCCAACGACGCACGAUAUGCGCUGGAAUCCCCGAGGAUCCGCUCGCUUACCGACGUGCCUGAAGACGCCCCCCUAACGCCAGCCGUGCGCUCCCCGUACUUCCACCACGCCGUUUCCGGUUCGGCGACGACCUUCAAACAGGCUUCCGCCUCGGCGAGCACCACGAGCCUGAACAGCGUAGGCGCCCCCUCCCGCACGUCCUCCGCCGCGUCCCAGCGCACGCCGUCCGGACACGCCCGCACGCCGACCGCGCGGUCCGCGAGCGGGGACACGGCGACCCUCAGCGGAGUCACGGUGGUGGCGCCGUCGCCGCGACGGCAGCGCUCGGGGUCGCCGGCGACGCUCCGCGAGCGGAAGGACCGCGACGGUGGGAGCGGGCGCGAGCGCGAUCGGGAGCGGGAGCGGGAGCGGCGGGGCGAGGGGCAGGGGGACAGGAAGAAGGCGGAGGAGAAGGGGAGGCCGUACAAGUACCGCAACACCCCGCACCUGCCGCACUCGGAGGCGUCGAGCCCGCGGCGGCGACGCUCCUGCACUGGAGCAAGGCGCCGGGCGCACACGAUGACGCUCAUCGACAAUAUCGCGUGGGUGUUUGGGGGGUGCGACGAGAAGGGGUGUUUCAAGGACAUCUUCUGCUUUAACACAGAAACCAUGCAGUGGUCAUAUCCCACAUUCUCUGGCGAAAUUCCUGAAAACUGUCGAGCCCACACCGCGACGCUGGUCCACAACAAGAUCGUCGUCUUCGGCGGCGGCGAGGACACGAAGUACUACAACGACGUCUACGUGCUCGACACCGUCCUCCGCAGAUGGACCCACCGCGUCUUCGACCAAGAGGACGACGACGAGCCCGUCCCGCCCCCUCGCCGCGCGCACACCUCCGUGCUCUACAUGGGGCGACUCUGGAUUUUCGGUGGAGGGAACGGGACCGCGGCGCUCAACGACCGCAUGCGAUGGGAGCACGUGGAGACGCGGGGGAAGCGGCCGUCGCCGCGCGGGUACCACACCGCGAACCUCGUCGGGAACGUGAUGGUCGUCGUGGGCGGGAGCGACGGGCGGGAGUGCUACUCGGACAUCUGGUUCCUGAACCUCGACACGCUCUCGUGGAGCUCGAUGGUGAACGGGGAGACGUUCAAGCGGCUCUCGCACACCGCGACGCAGAUCGGCUCGUACCUGUUCAUCUUCGGCGGGCACGAUGGAAUCAGCUACCGGUCCGACGUCCUGCUCUUCAACCUCGUUGCCUUGCAGUACGAGCCCCGGUACAUCGCCGGGAAGGGGCCCCUCGGCCGCGGGUACCACACCGCCUGUCUCGCCGACAGCCGCAUGUUCGUCUUCGGGGGCUUCAACGGCGUCGAGGUCUUUGACGACGUGCACAUCCUCGACCUCGCCGCCGCCGCGUAUCUCCCGCAAGUGACGAGCUUCACCAUCGACGCCGCAUGA